CAGGAACGUGACGGGCUUGACACUGUAAGUUGUCAGCAAUCCUUAUAAACCCAACAAGGAGAAGAUGUGUCCUGGGUCGAGGGUCUUCAGAUUAAAGUGUGCCAAGUCUGAGCUGCGUCUUGAUAUCACCCUCCAGUGUGGGCAGUCAUUCAGAUGGCGUGAAAUCAGUCCUGGGCAAUGGAGAGGAAUUAUCAGAAAUAGGGUUUGGACACUCUCUCAAGAUGACUCUCAUAUCAUGUUCCAAACUCACUCCUCAGAGAAUGUGUCUGCAAGACAGACAGACUUAUCAAAGCAGGUCUCCACAAUCCAGAUGAAACAGAAAGCAUCUUUUGGUCAAGCUACAAAAAGGAAAAACACUGAAGACAUAAAAAUGUCACCAACUAAUAAAAGAAUAAGAAAUAACCAGUAUACAAAAAUUUAUGAUUGUGAAAUUAACGAAUUAAAUGAUAUUGGCGAAAAUAAAUUAAAGGAAGAAUUGAGAAACUAUUUCCGGUUGGACAUAUCUCUGGAGAGCAUGUACUCUUUGUGGUCUAAAGCUGAUGUUAAUUUUGCUGCGGUGUCCCCACAGUUCCAUGGUGUAAGAAUAAUGAAUCAGGAUGCAGUUGAGAAUGUAUUUUCUUUUAUAUGCUCAUCAAAUAAUAAUAUUCAGAGGAUCAGCUUACUGGUUGAGCGGUUAUGUAAGAUUUAUGGUUCUCCUUUGGCUGCUGUGGAUGGCAUCACUUGGCACUCCUUCCCAGGGGUAUCAUCUCUAGCUGCUCCGGGCGUUGAGGAAACUCUGAGAGAGCAUGGGUUUGGUUACAG